CUGUAAUUAAUACAUAAAACACUAAACCCAAAGGUUUGUUAAACUCAGUGCACAUAAUCAGCAAAGCCAAAUGGGUGAGCUGCAAGACUCCUCUGUUCUUCCUCUACCUCCUCCUCCAUCUCCAACGUUACCUGAUGAUCAUCCUACGCCGCCGCCCGAGUCACUUGACGACCCUCCUCCUCCACCCCCUCCUAAAUUCGACCCUAGCCGAAUGAUUGGUAUUAUCAGAAGAAAGGCCUUGAUAAAAGACUUGGCUGCUGUAUACCAUUCGGAGUGCCUUACUUACUGUCAAGAACUUUUGGAACUUCAAAAGAAAUUCGAAGAGCCAUUUACAGACAUGAAAACUCCAGACAAUCCUAGAAAAGAAACAAGGAGGCCACCCAAACGUCUGAAGAAGUCCCGCUAGUAUCAAUGUCAAUAUGUGAUGGACCAUCUACUAUUUAAUGGAAAUCCCUAAAGCUGGAAGGAGAUGGGCGUGGAGCACAGAGAGAGUCAUCCUUCUGAAAUAUGUUGUAUAUAUCAUAUUUUUCUGGCGUUGUGGUUCUUAGUUGCUUUCAUGUUAGUGCAUACAAUUACAUUUGUAUCCUAGUGUAGUAUAUGUAACUUGGGAAGCUAAUGUGCACACUACAUUGUCCCUCAUUCCAAUUGCUCGGUGAAGUGUGUGUGAAUUGCAUUAUAAUCGUGGAGUUUUAGACUUUUAUUAUACAAUGCAUUUUAAAGUUAUGACGGGCAUAGUCCAAAGUAGUUAAUAACAUUCAAGCCGGACUUAAGCAGAG